UCAGACCAGCGACUCCAGCGACCCAUAUGCCGGCUACGUAGUUCGAGCUGCCACCACCAUUCGCCGAUGCGUUCAUGCCGUUUGCAUUUAACCCUGCCUCCUAGACCAGUCCUUAGACUCUUCGAGGUGAUCGAUCAACUACACACUUAGUUCGCUGCAUGUGUGCAUGUGCUCAACGUACAGAUAUUCACCUCACUCUGGGCGAAGGAAGUGGGCAGCAACGGGACAGCGGAUACUGCGCGCACAGCUCGAGAGCGGAAGAGGGACUGAUGAUGGCUUCUAGCACCCGAAUAAGAUCGUCGCCGGUCUCUUCUACAAGCUGCCACUUGAUUCAUCUCGCCGUGGUGGCUAUGGCAGCCUGCUGCAUGCUGACGUCGGCGGAAGAAUUCGUCGCCUCUGCUCGUGUGCUCGUUGACGCUGGGACGAUCGAAGCUGGAGUAUGGGGUUCCCCAUUGGAGACCAGCACAACUGGCUCCGUUGCCAGCGGCGGUCGUUCGAAUCCCCACACUGCAUCCUCUUCCGCAGGGGCUGCUGGCGAUGGCGAAGGGGCGAAUCUCGAAGCAACCGAGGCACGUGGAGAUUCGGAAGGAGGUUCGGCGCCUGGGACCACCACCCGCUCUGCUGCCUCUGAGUCCCACUGGGAAGAAGGAGGUGAACGUGGCACAGCCACAGCCGCAGGACCUUUCACUCGAAACUCGGGUGCGGGCGUAGCGGCGAGCAAGGACACCAGGAUUAUUAACUUAGCAGCAACGGCAAAGAGUCUGACGGCAACUGGCGCUGCGCGCCGAGCAGGAGCUUGCACGGGCUCGCACUCGGCCGUGCGUGCUCGUUCUGCUUUGGGACUGCUAACCUCCUCCACGACAACGGCGGAAAGAAGUUCCGAUAGGCGUUCUGCACAGGCAGCCAGCAGAGGUGGAUCUAGUUCUACUGAUUGGGGUGUUAAUGAGCCCUUUAUGGGCGGCGAUCAGGCAGCCGGAGAUACCGAGGAGGGCACGAGUGUGGGCUCAACAGUCGCUCGAGGAACAGGAACUCUGCAUCCGUCGGGCAACGAUGUCGACGAAGCAAUGGGUGCCGCCAACGGCGGCUAUGGCGAUGCCGGUGAAGCGACGACAGGAAGUAAGCGGAGUCGCACCCCUGCAGUGGCUAUGGCGUCGCCCGCUCUUUCUGGAGGUUCCAGCUUCGCUCGCGAUGACGAUUCUUCCACCAUGAUGGCCGAGAAUGGACGUCCAAGAGCCGAACCAGUCACAACAACUACCCCGUCAAACCCCUCCAGGUGGACGGUAGGAGGUAAGGGGGCAUUGCCGGGACCACCACCGGGCGACGACAUCGUGCGUCAACGCGCGCCCACGCUGAGCACGGCUCAGCAAACAGGGAAAGAUGGGGAUGUGCCCACUGGAGGCGUUGUGACAGAGAAAGACCCCCAUGGGGAAUUGGACGGCCACGUCAGCGAGAUUGUGCGUGGCACCACCUCCCCCCCUCAGGCUGGGAAUCAUCAACGGGUCGUCGUUGCGAUCCCAAAGCCGUGGGAUGAGCGCCCCCCGCAAGUUGGAAGUCCGGUGCUCGAAUCCGAAGCAAAUAUCCUUGCGACGGCCACUGUAGUGCAUCAGCGGCGGAGUAUGCCUGUGCCGCCGCCGAGUGUUUCCGCAAUUAUACCCCCUGCACUCCACGUGUCGGGAUCCCUGCCGUCUGUUUCGACUGCGGCCCCGCCGUCGUCUCCGGGGUCGACCGCCCCCUCAAGGUCAAAUGUCACAAUCAUCGGAAGAAAUGCCACGCUAUUGGGCAAUUCGACGGCACCGAGUUUCAGUGCUCCUGCCCCCGCUCCCCCUCCCCCGUCCAGUCCCUCUGUAUAUCCCUUCAUUUCCGCUGCCUCUCGAUCAUCUCCUGAAUCGCGAGCUCCCGACGGAGGAGGUAACAGAGACGCUGCCUUCAGUGCAGCGAUGGCCAAGACCGACAUAUCCGGCGGAUUCUCUCUGAGUUUCAGUGGGAGCAUCUGCCGUUCGAUCGUGCUCCUCUCGAGCGUCCUGAUCGCCCAUAUAGGACUCGUCGUCGCUGGCGGUUUGUGCGCUUGAUUUGUUUGCACUUUGGCCACAACGGAGCUCUUUGUUUUUUAUCACUCGUUACAAAGGGAUGACCGGCUUGUCAGACGCGUGGACUUGUCAUCAUCGAGCUUGGAGGGCGUCGGCAUGUCGGACGGACACUCACGCGGAGGGAGUCAGAUAGAAAUAUAAGGGAUCUCUCUCUCUCUCUCUCUCUCUCUCUCUCUCUCUCUCUCUCUCUCUCUCUCUCUCUCUCUCUCUCUCUCUCUCUCUCUCUCUNUCUCUCUCUCUCUCUCUCUCUCUCUCUCUCUCUCUCUCUCUCUCUCUCUCUCUCUCUCUCUCUGUGUGUGUGUGUGUGUGUGUGUGUGUGUGGUACAGUGUGGCUGAGUGUGGCACACACCCACCCCACAAUCACACAGACACACACACACACAGUUGCGCUCUGUCUUGUGCAUCCCAUCGCUAACUGGCAAAGAAUCUGUGGCUAGCUCGGAGUUAAACAGAGCGCACCUUCAUUUGAGUUUCAAUAGUGUGUUAACUUUUUAGUUUAUACAAUUCUCUGCCAAACUUCGAAAAAGCAAUAUUUUAUUAUUUUUAAUCUUUCUCUUUACUAUCGGGUAUUCCGCAGACUCUGAGGAGCAGUACAGAUAGUACAGUAAAUAUUGAACCGUUAG